AAGCGCAAUAAAAGUCAGGAGUGAGCGCUAUACUGGAGCUGUAUGGUCGUUGACAGACUUAUUUUCUAAACAUGAAACUGCUUAACUACUUACUGAAAGAUGUCACGCACAAAAUUGAAUAUUAUUCAAGGUUCUCGCCCUCACCGAUGUCAAUCAAGCAAUUUCUGGAUUUUGGCAGGGACAAUGCAUGUGAAAAAACCUCCUACAUGUUUCUGAGGAAAGAACUAGCAGUGAGGUUGGCCAACACGAUGAGGGAAGUCUCCUUGUUACCCGCAAGUCUUCAGAGCCAGCCAUCCAUCAAACUGCUCGAGUCCUGGUAUAGCCAGAGCUUUGAAGAGCUGUUAGAGUAUGAGAAAAGCAGUCCGGAGGAUCCCCGCACCCUUAAAGACUUCCUAGAAAUCCUGAUUAAGAUUCAGAACAGGCACAGUGACGUGGUGCCCACUAUGGCCCAGGGUGUCAUCGAAUACAAAGAGAAGUUUGGUUUUGACUCCUUCAUCACCAGCAAUGUGCAGUACUUUCUUGACCGCUUCUACACCAACCGCAUUUCUUUCCGCAUGCUCAUCAACCAGCACACUCUUCUGUUUGGUGACACCGCUUGUCUUGGACAACCAAAACACAUCGGAAGCAUCGACCCAGCGUGCAAUGUCACUGAGGUGGUGAGAGAUGCAUAUGUGAGCGCAAAGAUGCUCUGUGAGAAGUACUACAUGACAGCUCCUGAACUGAAGAUCGAGGAAAUCAACUCCAAAGCUCCAAAGAAGCCUAUACAGGUGGUCUAUGUGCCCUCUCAUCUUUUCCACAUGCUGUUUGAGCUCUUCAAGAACUCCAUGCGGGCAACAGUGGAGCUCUAUGAAAACAGCAGUGAGGGGCUUCCUCCAGUGAAAGCAAUGGUUACUCUGGGAAAAGAGGAUCUUUCAAUAAAGAUUAGUGACAAAGGUGGUGGUGUCCCCUUACAAAAGAUCGAUCGUCUCUUCAAUUACACGUAUUCCACUGCUCCAACACCACAUCUUGUUCCUUCACAAACUGCUGUGCCACUGGCUGGUUUUGGCUACGGACUGCCAAUCUGUAGACUCUAUGCACGCUACUUUCAGGGAGAAUUGAGCCUGUACUCGAUUGAAGGGUUUGGGACGGAUGCAGUAAUUCAUCUUAAGGCUCUUUCUAGUGAUUCUUUUGAGCGUCUUCCAGUCUUCAAUAAGUCAGCAUGGCGACAUUAUCAGACAGGUCCCGAGGCUGAUGACUGGAGUAACCCGAGCAGUGACCCACGAGAUGCAUCCACGUAUAAAGCCAACAGAUGACUUCACUAUACCUACUAUAGUAAUAGUGAUGGAAUUACAGCCGCCAAGCAUUUACCGAAUUUUUUUCUUGGCCUUUAUAGGGCUUGCUUACUAAAUUAUAGUUUUACAUUAGUGAGAGUGUGGAGGAUGUUGGAAUAAUGUUAUAUGGAGUAACAUUAGUAAACUAGAAUGUUAGUAGUGUAUGAUGUACCAUGUGGCAUUUUUUAAAUUUGCUUUUGUAUGCUAUGUUUAUUUGGGGAGAAAUGCCUAUAAUGCCUAUAACUUUUUAAGUUUUUGGGUCAGUGAGACAUUUGUUUAUUUUUAUUUAUUUAUUUAAAAAGGACACAUUUAGUUGAUCAAAAUUAUCAUUAAAGACACCGAUAAUGUUAGAAAAUGUUUCGGGAACACUUUCUAUAAAGCCCGUAUUUAUAAUACAUUAUAAGGGUAUUCUUAAAGCAUUAUAAUGAAUACAUAAUGCAUUAUAAUAAAACAUAUAAUAUGUUGUAUCAUCUAAUUAAUAUUAAUAAGAACAGUUUUAAUAUAAUAUUUACUUAUUUGUGGUUAUAGCUUUUAAGAGUAUGAUGAUUUACAACACAAUGAAUGCGUUGCAUCCACUUUUACAAUUGAUUAUAUUUCUCAUAGUUAUAAUGUAUUAUAAGUCUCAUAUCUUGCAUUUUUCUGAUGCUACUUAAAGUGGUCAAAGACCACUUAUAAGUAGUAAUAAUAAUAUUAAUAAUAAUAAUAAUUUUGCUCUCAAACAGCCAUAAGAUCAUAUAACAGAUCAAAUAAAUGUGUAAUAUGACACAUUUGCUUUAAACUAUUUUUAUUGUAAUAUCAGUUUAAUUUUGAUGGUACCCUUUAGACAGCUGUUGAUAAGUAACUCCGCAACUACAUAUCAACUAGCAGUCAUUAGAGUGUCUGCUACUAUAAAUGUAUGCUAAUGCUUUAUUUUGAUGGUCAACCAACAGAUAAACUGAAUAUAAGUGUCUUUGCAAGUACGUCAACUUAUUCCAUCAUACUAGAUUCUAGCAUUCUUGAGCAUACUAAUACUCUAAUGAGAGUUAAUUGGUAUGUAGUUGCAAAGUUGCUUAUAGUUGAUUGAUUAAAGUGACCAUCAAAAUAAAAUGUAACCAUAUAAAA